AUGAGCAGGCAUAUCUGUUGGAUUUGUAAGCUAUGCAGAGCUGAAUCUAAGAGGUUCCCUUCCAACCUUACUUUGGAGGAAGUUUUAGGAUGGGCCCAAUCUUUGGAAAGUCUGAUGGCUACAAAAUAUGGUCCAAUUGUGUACACAGCAUAUUUAAAAUUGGAGCACAGUGAUGAGAACAUUAAAUUCUGGAUGGCAUGUGAAACCUACAAGAAAAUUGCUUCAAGGAGGGGCAGAAUUUCUAGGGCAAAGAAGCUUUACAGUAUCUACAUUGAGCCACAGUCCCCUAGAGAGAUUAACAUCGACAGUGCAACAAGAGACGCUAUCAUCAAAAGCAUCCGAGAACCCACUCAAACAUGCUUUGAAGAGGCUCAAAAGAUUGUGUAUAUGCACAUGGAAAUGGAUUCUUAUCCCAGAUUUUUAAAGUCUGAAAUGUACCAAAAACUUCUAAAAACUGUUCAGUCCAAAAGCUCCUGAUUGCUACCCAAAAGUUUAAACUGAAGAGGGCAUGUUGCAAGUGUCAUCUUAAAUUUAGACAACUAUACAAAGUGAGAAUGAAAGUAGAAAUGAAACAGAAACCAAGCCAUAAGUUGAUUUCUAGUUCCCAAAGGAAAUGCAUUCCAAACAGAAUGAGCUCGCAAAUACUGUAAACACAAUUUAUAGCAUAUUUACAGAAAGGAAUUAACAGAGAAGGGAAAGAAGCUAACUUUCAGCAUAUAAACACUAUAACAUUUUUACUAUACUGGAAACUAAUGAUCUUUUAGAAAUUUGGCAGUCAUAGCACAGAUAAUUUGUUAUAUUUUAGCACAAGAAGUAUGGAAAAUAUGUUCUUAAGAAACAAGUUAACUAUAAAACUUUUCUAAUAGGCUUCCAUAAUUGACCUCCUAUAGCACACAGACUUCAUACAUGUAAAAUCUUUCUGAUGAGUUGUAAGCUCUUAAUAUGUGUGAAUAAAUUUUCAUUUAUACUUCAAAUUUACU